AAUUAAAUUGGGUGCCUGGGGGCUGAGGGAUCCCAGAGCCAUGUCCCUUAUGGACAGCAUUGACAUCGACAGCAAAUCCGAGAAGCCCGUGUCCCUGAUCUGGGGGUGUGAGCUGAGCAGCGAGCGGGACUCCUACACCUUCCAGGUGCCGGAGGAGUGGCAGUGCGAGCAGCAGCUGGCCCUGCGGACGAUCUGCCUGGGGGAGAUGGCACGGGAUGAGUUCCACGUGGUGGAGAUCGUGCCGGCCGAGGAGGGGGAUGCUCAUGCCCCGGUGCCCCUGGCCACGCUGAAGCCUUCUGUGCUGCCCAUGGCCACCCUGGUGGGAGUGGAGCUGACGCCUCCGGUCACCUUCCACCUGAGAGCCGGCUCCGGCCCCGUCUACAUCAGCGGGCAGCACGUCUCCAUGAUGCCCAACCUGUCCUGGGAUGAGGAGGAGGAAGAGGAAGAGGAGGAUGCUGAGGAAGAGGAGCCAGCAGAGGAGUCCCCUGAGAAGCUCCCCAAGGGCCAAGCUGCCAAGAAGGGCAGCGCUGCCAAGAAGAGGAGGCUGGAGAAGGAGGAUGAGCUCAGGAACAACGUCUCGCCUGAGGAUCCCCUUCCCAGCAAGGGACAAGGAGCCGGCCGGGGCAGGAAGGCAGCAGCGAAGAAGUAACAGGAGCUGCAGCGGAGCCUGGCCAAGUGCAGAAGAGCCUGGAAAGCCACUGGUUUGGUGUUGUCCUUCCCCAAUAAAGGAUAUUUUGCA